GGCUGUGACAAACUACUUUGAAAAAAGACAGGCUGUUGCAGUAGGUCUCCUUAAUGCCGGUCAGAACAUCGGAACUUUAUCAUUAGGACCAAUCAUUCAGACUCUUCUUGAUUUGUAUGGUCUGAGAUGGAUGUAUAGGAUAAUUGCAGCGUCAUUUGUAUUACCCAUUGUACUAACGGCCAUAGCCAAUGAUCCGAACGUCGAGGGGCACGCUAGUCAUCAUAGGAAUGAAAGUAUGYCUGAAGAGACGACACACGCCGAUGAGGACGCUACGCAUCAUGGGAAUGAAAGUGGUCUGGACGAGACAACACAAGGUGUUAGAUGCGUCAAUAACGCCGAGGUGCACGUUACGCAUCAUGAGAAUGAAAGUGGUCUGGACGAGGCGACACAAGGUGUUAGAUGCGUUAAUAACGCCGAAGAGCACGCUACGCAUCAUGGGAAUGGGCCUGACAAGACGAUACAAAAUGUUACAUGCGCUAAUAUUCUUAAAGUGUUUAAAACACCCGCGUACGUCAUCGCUGUGGUAUCGUUGACUAUUCAAGCUCUUACUUGCUAUGUAUCUUACAUUUAUCUGAUUAGYUACUGUAUCGAGGUUAACAUCGAAGCACAGAGAGCAUCGCGACUGUUCAUUGCUAUUGGUGUGUCAUCAAUGGUCUCCUGUGUGGUUUGUGGACGAAUCWUGGACAUUAAAACAGUCAACCCAUUCCAUGUCAGCCAAKCUGGUGCUUUAUCAAUGGGACUGAGYAUGCUUCUACUUCAACUUGCUACCGAGUACUAUCACUUCAUCAUAUACUCGGUGUUUCUUGGUCUUGGUAUCGGUAGCUUUGUCACAACAAUUGUUGUACUUCUCUUGAAGACAGUUGAAAGCAGCCUUAGUCUGGUUGCAUUUUCGAUUGGCCAAACCAUUGUAUCGUUAGGAAAUAUUCUUGGACCACCUCUAAUUGGUUUUAUAGCCGACGUCGAAGGCUCUUACAGACCUGCCUUCUUUACAGCAGGAGGAAUAAUGCUACUAGCAUUCGUAACUCCCUUCUUACAGUAUUGCUUUAAGCCAUGGAGAAAACAGCCAAUCGAUCAUCUGGCUGUUGAAGUCACACAUGACGUCACCAAUGAUGCAGUAUCCAAUGACGUCACGAAGGUAAAGCAAAGAAAUGAUGGCGAACCUGAAGAGAUUGUCUUGAAGAACUUGAACAACGAUAUACCUGAAUCGUAUAUCAAUGAUUUUUGCUUUACUGAAGAGUCAGGAGAAAGCAAAAUGGAAGAAAGCAAGCAAAAACUAUAUAGUGACAAUAUUAGUGACAACAGUAUUCCUAGUGCUCAACUAAAGACAAAUGAAAGAGAUCAGACAACUCUUUCAAAAGAUAAGACUGAUUUGUGGUGCAUAAAUGCAGCAUUUGACUCCAAUGAUGUCGGAGAAAAUGCAACGGCAAGCACCGAGAUUCAUCAAAACAGUAUAACUACAGAAGACAUCUCAUUGAAUACAAAGUUGUAAAUAAUAAUAUUGUCUUUGGAGGGACGUUUAUAUAUCCCUCCCUCACGAAUUACGAGAGGGCAGUUUAGUUUCUAAAUUGCCCUCAUCAAUAAUUAAUAUGGGCAAUUUAAAAACUAAUUUUCCCUCAUUAUAUUCAUUAGCUAGUCCCACGUAUCUCAAUUACUGGGACUCGGGUUCUGAAAAUCUAUAUAURAGGUAGUUGUACCUGGAUCUUCUCUGGUCGCCCUCAAAUGUGGGAAACCGUCAGAACGUAUAAACAGCYAGUCAAACUCUAAAAUAAUUUGAACGCAUGCGUAACAACUGACUAAUUUAUUUUAACUAAUCACAUUAAAUUACUUAUAAUAAAUUA